UUAACACAGUUACAAUGGGCAAGAUUAUCUUUUUUGAAGACAGGAACUUCCAGGGUCGUCACUAUGAGUGCAGUGGUGACUGUCCGGAGAUGCAAAACUUCUUCAGUCGCUGUAACUCAAUAAGGGUGGAGAGCGGUUGUUGGGUGGCCUAUGAGAAGCCCAAUUACGCUGGUUACCAGUACAUGCUGCACAAGGGCGAGUACCCGGAUUACCAACGCUGGGCAGGCUUCAAUGACUGUAUCCGCUCCUGCCGUAUGGUGCCACCUUACAACGGAAACUACAGGAUGAAGAUCUUUGAGCGGUCUGACUUCACAGGCCAGAACUUGGAGCUAAAUGAUGACUGCCCAGACCUGAACGAGCGUUUCCACACCCGUGACAUCUCCUCUUUGAAUGUCAUGGAGGGCUACUGGAUUCUGCAUGAACACCCCAAUUACAGGGGACGCCAAUACUUCUUGCGUCCUGGCGAGUACAGGAGGCACAUCGAGUGGGGAAGUGCCAACACUACCUUUGGCUCGCUGAGACGUGUCACUGAGCUCAACUGA